UGUAAAAAUUAUUUCAAAAUACACAACUACAGUGUACCGAUAUAUGUAUAUGUGUAUGUGCAUAUGCACAUCAGAAGCGCACAAUCAUGAGCUUGUUACCUAAAUAUGCAAACUUGACAAGCCAUAUUAACAUCAUACCCACUGAAAACACAUUUGCAAUUCAACUUUGAAAUGAAGAACAAUUUGUCCAAUACCCUUAACGAGGUCGCAAUAUAGGGAACGAUGAUAUUUUACUAUUCAUUUCAAAGUUGUAAAAUGAAAUGGUUUUAUUUUGAAGAAAAAUUAAACAAACUCGCCAUUGUGAAGAGUGAGACGGAAUAGAGCAUCGCCAUCCCAUCAAUUAUCUUAAUCUUGACAGAAAGUCUAUAAAUAUCAGUGAUGCUAAUUAAAGUCAAUCAAAUGCAUAAAAGAAGUAUGUGCCCCAUGAUGUUUCCACAGCUUGAGAGUUAAUUCGCUUAAAAUUAUUCAAAGGAAAUUAAACCAACAUAAUGGUUCUCCCUACUAAAUUCUACCCAAGUUUUUGCUCUUAUUGCUCGGGAAAAGAAGAAAGUACACAGACAAAUGAAAUAUGAAAAUCGAAGUUCAUCGACGCAUCAAGAUCCCAGAGGGGUGGUCAACUUGCGAAGAAAUUGAGAAAGUCGUGGUUCCGGGUGACAUUGUUGAAAUAAAGUUUGGUAAGAAUACUUCUCACUUUGUGCUCAACAUUCGAAAAGGAUGGUGUGUCCACGUGAGGCCUCUCGACUCUGAGGGAGAAAACAACGGCGUGGACAUGAUGGUUGUCAAAGAUGCGUCCGAUUUGGCACAAGAAGCUGGGCUUCGACCAUGCAGAAUAAACAAUUUUGAAGAAUUCUCAAUGUCCAAGAAUUUGAAGCCAAGAUCUCUGAAAGACUGCCUCAAUCUGGCAAGGGCGAAUCUGGCGAAUGGUCCCAUCACCCUUCCAGCCAGUGAUAUCACACCCGUUUUCCACAAUAAUCACUUGGCUCAAGAGUUUUGUCUGUAUUGGAAAUACAAAACCAGCCAAUCCUCAUCUUCAUCUCUAUUGCAAUUGCUCACGCAUCCAGGCUUUUUGUUCGUUGUCCUUGCAGCAGGAAUUGUCGCAGGAGUUUUGGCGUUUUUGUAAAAAUAAAAAUACGCACGUCCCCUGAAAUUGUUCUUACAUAAUUCUUGUCAUUCAAAACUAUACCUUUUACAAAUUUAUUAAAGAAUUGAUUAACAUUAUGCUGAA